UCUCUCUCUCUCUGUCAGAAAAACAACACAGGACUAAAUAAGUUAGCCAACUGUGGCGUGGGCACUUUGCUCAACCCUGAAUCUUUUUUAUUUUCCUAAAACAUUUUUAAACAAACGUGUAAAGUCUGCGAUAAGAGAACGAGAGAGAAAAACGACGCUGAGGUGAGCCACCUGAUCCAAGGAGGGGGAUUUUUUUUUUCCUUCUGUGUUCCUGAUGGAGUCAUACAGAGUGAGUAGCAUUCCUAACAGUGGACCACAGCGGGUCUGCACUCAGCCGUCCCGCCCCUCCAGGCCCCAUAGUAAUGGAGCUGGUACAUAUGGCCUCAGCAUCCGCGUCCAGGGUAUAGAUGGACACCCCUAUGUGGUUCUCAACAACCAGGACAGGGGUCCUCAAUCCUAUGUCGACCCCAACAGCAAUGGGUACGUUGACACAGAGGGCUCUUUUAUUGAAAACUACCAGGAGUAUGAUUUCAGAGGAGGCAAGGAGGCUGGAUCCAACAGUCCCUUUAUGGAGUACAGGUCUCAGAAGAUGAUGCCUUACCCUGGUCCUCAAAAUGGUGUCGCAGAUUCACAAGGAAAGAAAUCAUCCACCCUUCUGAACUAUCAGAAACACCCUGAGAUACUGCAGCCCUAUGAUCCAGAGACCAACUCCCUCAACCUUGAGGGUUUCCACAGCCUGCCUUCAAGGCCUCUGUCUGUGGCUGAGACUGGAACCCAACGCCAGAAUACGUCCUCCAAAUCUGCUGUACCUGCACCGUCCCACACCAGGUCAUCAAGCCUGGAUCAGAAUAAAGCUCCUGCGCAGCAAGACAAAAGGAAACUUCCAUCCCAGAGCCACAAUGAGACAGCUCCUCCUAAGCCCAAGUCCCAGCCUCAGUCUGUGCCUCCGUCCCAACUCACUCAGCCUCAGACCAGGCCGCAAUCACAAACAGCUCAGCCGCAAUCCAGACCUCGCCUCACAAACCUAAAUGCACCUCAGCCCAAACCAGCCUCUAAAACUCAGCAGCAGUCAAUGCCUCCAGCCCAGCCUCAGACCUCCACUGUUUCAAGUCCCGUGAGUGAGCAGAGCAAGACCUCAUGCAGAUCCCCCAGUUCUGUGAGUAGUGCCAACUCCAGCCUUGAGCGCACUCGCGGUGAGCCUGAUGUCCUUCCUCUACGCAGGACUGACUCCAGUGGGCCAGUUCUUCAGUCUUCUUCCCGCUCCCGCCACUCCUCGUCAUCCUCUUCCACUAAGGCUCUGGUAGAUGAACAGAUGGAGGCCCUAUACGCAGACACCAUCAACCGCCACGAGAACCGCCGCUACAUCCCUUUCCUUCCUGGUUCAGGUAGAGACAUUGACACAGGCUCCAUUCCUGGUGUUGAUGAGCUCAUUGAGAAGUUUGAUGGCAAAGAUGGCAGCCAUCAGCGCAGGGGUAGGGCGGGACGCAGGAACAGGAUCAAUCCAGAGGACAGGAAACGCUCACGCAGCGUGGAUAGUGCCUUUGGCCUCCGAGAUGGCUCUAGCUACGCAAACGAAUUCAGCCGCCAUCAAGGCACAUCAAUGGAACAUGUCCUGCGGCCCUCACAGCUACGGCUGCAGAAAACAGCCGGCAGUCAGGACUCCUGGCUCACGGCUAUAGACGGUAAGGUCGACUCCAGAGCUUCAUCUUGUGUCACCAGCGCGCCCACCUCCCCACAAAGCACCAUCUCUAAAGGUGUUGGCUCCAUCCAGGGGUACAAAAAGCCACAAACUCGCUCCUCUUCCUUACCAUUCCAAAGUAAAGAGAGCGAGGCCAGUGCCUCUUCAGCUGGAAAGAGUUCAACGAUGUCGGUGUCAACGUCGCUAUCCAAGCCUCCAGCUGCAGACAAAAAGACAGAGGCAGAUGUUCAGGCGACACCUGAUCUCCUGAAAGGUCAGCAGGAGCUUUCACAACAAACACAUGAAGAGACAGCAAAACAAAUUUUGUUCAAUUACCUUAAGGAUGGAAGCAAUGAAAAUGAUGAGACGACAAAGAGAAAGGUCAACCUUGUCUUUGAGAAGAUACAGACGUUGAAGUCUCGGGCUACAGCAAGUGCACAAGGCGACAACAAAUCCCUCGAUGUCGCUGCACAGACCAAAGCUCUGCAGGAGCAAAAUGCUGACCUGGAGAAAGAAAUGGCCGAUCUGAAGAGACAACUUGAGGAGCAAACCACGAAGAACCAGGCUGACAAGAAGGCAGCAGCAGGUUUGAAAGAGCUGCAGCAGGAGCUGGAGCGGAGUGCAGAGGAGUGCAAGCGUCUGAAGGAAAAACUGGCCAAAACAGAGGCCGAGCUCCAGACCACAGUUGAAGAACUGUUCCAGGUGAAGAUGGAGAGGGAACAGUACCAGACAGAGAUCAGAGACCUCCAAGACCAGCUGUCAGAGAUGCAUGACGAGCUUGACUCGGCCAAGAAGUCAGCUGCUGAUGGAGAGAAAGACAUCCUUAUAGCGGACAUGAUGCAACUGAAGGUGGAGAUGCAGGAAGUUCUCCUGGCCAAGGAGGAGCAGGAGGAGGUGCUGAGGAGGCGAGAGAGGGAGCUGACAGCUCUGAAAGGAGCCCUGAAGGAAGAAGUGGCUGCUCAUGAUCAGGAGGUGGACAAGAUGAAGGAGCAGUAUGAGAAGGAAAUGAACAGGCUGCAGACGUCUUUGGAGGAGGCCAAGCAGAGCAGUGCAGCAGUGGUCCGUGAGAAGGCAGAAGUGGAGGCAGCCAAGGGUGCAGUGGAGGGCCAAGCGGGACGACUGACCCAAGAAGCGGAGCGGCUGCGCAGGCGUGCACAGGAGCUGGAAAACGAGGUGGCCAAACUCAACCGCAUCAUCGAUGAGGCCAAGCUACAGGAGAGCAGGCUGGGGGACAGAGUUGGCCGGCUGGAGAGAGAGAAAAAGCAGUUGGAAGAGUCUUUGGCAGAAAUUAAAGAGCAAGAAGAGGAGAUGUCACGUGCCAACCGGGCGUUGACAUUAAGACUGGAGGAUGUGCAGAGGAACUUGACAAAACUGAGCAGUGAACACAAGGAGUUGGAGGAGCGGUUACAAGAAGAGAGGACUCAGAAGGAGCAGUUCAAGAACAUGAAGAACAACAUAGAGGAUGAGAGGAGGCUGCUGGACCGUACAGUGGAGAAACUUCAGAGAGAGAUGAAUGAUAUUGUGGAGGCGUCCCAGUCAUCCACUCGGGAGCUGCAGGAGCAGAUUGAUAUUUAUAAAGAGAAGAACCGUCGGGAGCUGGCAGACCUGCAGAGGCUUCUGAAGGAGCGAGGACAGGAGCUGGACAAAUACCUGCAGACUGCCAAAACCCUGCAGGAACAGUUGUCACACCGAGAGGAGGAACUGCGCCAGAGUCAGAAGGAACGAGAUGAAGCUGAACUCCGGGAGAAAACGCUGGAGAAAAAGGUUCAUGAUCUGGAGCUGGAGGCUGAGACAAACGCCCACAGUAAAGAGGACAAGUCCCGACAAAUCAAACUCUUGGAGGACAGGAUUGUUCAGUUGGAGCUGGACCUGGAUGAAGAGCGCCAGGGUGGAGACCAGCUGAUGGACAGGAUAGACCGAGGAAGAGAGCAGGUGGAGCAGAUGAGGAAUGAACUCCUGCAGGAGAGGGCUAGCAGACAGGACCUGGAGUGUGACAAGAUGGCUCUGGAGAGACAGAAUAAAGACCUGAAGAGCAGACUGGCUCAUCUAGAGGGCUCCCAGAAGUCCAACAAAGAGGGUCUCGUAGCCCAGCUGGAGGAUCGCUUACAGGAGCUGGAGGAGAAGUUGGAGGGGGAGGAAAGGGAGCGUGCCAGCCUUCAGCUGGUAAACCGCCGACUGGAAAGGAAGGUCAAAGAGAUGAUGUUGCAAGUUGAAGAGGAACAUCACUCAAUGCAAGAUCAAAAGGACCAACUGAAUCUACGUCUGAAGGCCCUGAAGAGGCAGAUGGAUGAGGCUGAGGAGGAGAUCGACCGACUGGAGCACAGCAAGAAGAAGCUGCAGAGAGACCUGGAUGAGCAACAGGAGGCCAACGAGCAGCUCCAGAGCCAGCUCAAGGCUCUGCGGAGUGAGAUGAGGCGUAAGAGCACCUCCGCUCCACUGCUCAACAAUCUGGAUGAUGAUGAUGAUGACGACAUCAGCACUGAUGGGGAGACAUACUUCAGCUCAUCAUCAGGGUACAAGCGCUCCUCGAGUCAGGACAACAUCUUGUCCACCUUUAGUAUGUAAAAAAGCCCUGAGGUCGAGAGUAAAGGUGCUUUAUAUGCAUCAUUGUUGGACCAAACAGCUGGAGAAAAACUGUAGAUAUUACAACUGAGACUUUCCAGCUUAGUGAGAUCAAUUGAAAUAUCGCUUAUCCAUACUUCAACAGAGUUCACUUAAAAUCACUCAGUAUUAUUUGGGCAGCUCUGAGAUUAAUGGAUGAAAUCAUAAAAGUUUUGAUGUUUUAUGCUGUCCAGUAGAAAUGAAAUGUACAUAACGUGUAAUCUGGUAAUUUUACAUUCCCACAUGUAGUCCAAGGCUGUCAGCUCUCUUCUGAGUGGAUUUUCCUCUGUUAACAGAUGGAUUACAUGAUCAUUAUUUUAGCAUUAGUAAACUUGAAAACGCUGUCUUAAAUGCACUGUAAAACAACACUAUCUGUACUGCCUUUAUGAACAAUAUGAAAUUAUUAACACUUACUUUUUUUUAUGCCUAUCAAAUAUGUUAAAUUUACAUACAGUAUCUGAAUAUAAAUUUUUGUACUGAUCAGUCAAAUGAAAUAUAUUUACCUUUUUUUAAGGAAUGAAGAUCAAAUCCAAAAAUAUGAAGUAAAGAGCGUCAGGAUGCUUUUUCUUAUUUAUUCAUGGUUGAAUACACAAAAUCCUGGCGCUGAGGGUUUGUAGGGAACAAUACAUGAGGGACUUUGUACACAUCCAUUUUUAUACAGUUUUUUAUAACUGAUGACCAGUAAUACUGUAGAUCCAUUUAGUUGUUUUCAACAGAAAUUCUUUGUAAUUUACCACACAGGUUACUCUUCAUAUUAGCGACAUCACAGUAUUGCUUAUAUAUCUAAUGGAAAAGACUGCUUCAUGCGAUCAUGUGGCUUCACCUGCAUCAACUUUUUGUGAUUACUGAUUCUGAAUCAGACUCUUAACAGUUACAGCACUGAAAAAAAAGCGUCAAAUAUCAAAACCAUUUCAUCUCUGAAGACGUUUUUAUACUGGAAACUCUUUGAUGUAACUUCUCUGGUGAUUUCUGUCCUGAAUGGGGGCAGUGUUAAUACUGAACAUGGUGUAAGUCUUUUAACCUCAUAUGUGUGUAUUUGAAUGGUGCCACUGUGCACAUAAGGCCUUAUGUAAGGUCCCGUAAGAAAACAUGUGGAUCGCCUCAAAUUUUCCUUUAACUGAAUGAGGGAAUUUUCUUCAGAUGAGAUAAACUGACAAUCGAUGUUUUACUACACUGUGAUGAUUUGCACUCUCUGUUGGCUCUGUGCUGAAUACGCCCAAGUCUGACGCCUGUGGAGGGGGAGAGAGUGGAUUGAGACAAAUUCCUGCCACUACCUCUCUGUACACAUUUGUAUGUUCAGAAAUCCUGCUGAAUCUAAAAUAAAGUUACUUCCAGUUACUCUCAGAUACUUUUUCCUUGGUGAGUAAUUCCUGGUAACAGAUAUUUAAUAUUUAAAGAUACCCUCCAGGCAUAAAGAACAGAGAAACUUUCCCCUCUUCUGCAAAUGAAUGUUAAAACAGCCUUGUAGUGUCAAACUCUGCACAGUGAAGCUCAAACAAUCCAAGUGAAGUAACAAUAAACAAAACAGUUCUGAGUGGAGGGAGACUUUAAUAAUUAAGAACUUAAGUUAGGAAUGACCAGUGUUGGAAGAAGUACUCACAUCCUUUUCUUAAGUUAAAGUAUCAGUGUCAAUGUGUGACCAUUACACAUAAAAGUCCUGGAUUUUAAGUUUUACUUCAAAUUAUUAGAUUUUGUUAUAAGAUCAAGGUGGAGCUGAAUUUAUUAUAUGAUGAUCAUAAUUU